ACUAUUCUGAUUUUUUUAGCUGACAGUCAUUCUUGGUUUGACUGGUGUCUAUUUACAUAUAGAAUAAAUUAUAACCUCCCCAUGCCCUAAACUAAACAGUCAACUUUCUAAAUAAAAUAGCCUUGACUUGUGAAUAAACAGCAUGCAUGGCAUACUCUGGCUACUGCACCUUCCAGCUGUAGUCUGGGGAGCAAUAACUGCCUUUGACAAGCAACUGCAACUCUUGGGCCCAUGUCAGUGAUGCUCUUGUAAACACACAGGAAUAACCCUUUUUGACUCUCAUAAGAGAUGUUUUCCCCAGAAAUAAGGAUAAAUCUCUUUUUCCUAAAGUUCACCUUAUGUGCCAGUAUGUACAAUUUAUACACAGGUAUUUUCCCCAGAUAUAUUGUGUACCUAGCCCGCCACUGUUCUAUCAGCAGCCUCUACCCGGUGGAGGAGAUCGUAUACUUGACCUUCAAGAUUAGUUAUUGCCAGUAAAAUUCCUGGCCAGUAUUUUGAAGGACAUUUUUGUUGUUGUACUAGUUUCCUCCCUGGCUGAAUACGUCGACAAGUCUUCCAUCUAUCUUACGGUUUUUCACCAGCCGUCAGCUCACCUUGAAAUCUGUCUUGUGAAAUAGAGGCUCUGAGGCUGAGUGUACUCUGGUAAACUGCGUAUUAGUUGCAACAACUAUUAACAGACCUUCCCCAUGACAUGCUGGAUGACAGUGGAGACCAGCUCUCUAAUUAUUCUGAUUGUAGCAUACAAGAGGAUGCAGAGCAAGCACAUGAACCCUGGGAGCAUGAGGGCAGGUGGAAUGAUCAUCUGCUGAUAGCUAAUCCCCAAAGUGGCUAUGAACAGGGACAGAAUUUGUAUCCUGAACAGUUCCUGUAUGACCAAGGAAAUAAUCAUGGUGAAACACAUGCCAGUAAUUGGACUGACCAGCACAAUGCAGACAAGGAAAGAUGCAUUUACGAAAUUAAAGAGAACUACUCUGAUAGACAGAGUGAAGAGGAUUCUGAUGAUGUGUAUCUCGGCAGAGAUGGGUAUAAAGCACCAAGUCGUUGCCAACAGAACAAUGUGUAUCAUCUCCCAGAAAAUUUUAGGCCAUACACAAAUGGUCAUACACAGGAAUUAAAUAACCAACAAAACAAAAUAGUAAAGUUUCCAGAUGCUCCGAAGGAACAUCUGAAGCAAUUUGGUGCAUCUGAAGUUGCUAACGGCCAAGCUGUGGAAUCUUACAGAGUGACGUAUAAACCAUAUCAAAAUGCCAUUCAGCAAAAAAUCCCAAUAACCCAAGAUGCAACAAGAAGAAAUGAAGUGCUUGAAGAGCUGCAACGGGAGUUUUUGGGUACUGAGGAGAAUUCUGCGGACAAUAUGCAGAUUCUUCAACUUCGGGUUCUUAAUAAAGCAAGAGAGAGACAACUGGAAGAACUUACUGAAAAGAUGGAAAAGAGUGCACAGCAGAUUAGGUAUCUGAAUCAUCAGCUUGCAAUGGUCAAAGAUGAAAAAGAUGGCUUGGCACUCAGCCUCCAGGAAUCCCAGAAACUGUAUCAAAAUGGAAAAGAACGGGAGGUACAUCUUGAAGGUCAAAUUAAAACACUUGAAACCCAAAUUCAAACUCUUACUGCCAACGAGGAGCAGCUAUUCAAGCAAUCCAAAGUGGCAGAGUUAGCCAUGGAAAGCAUGCAGCAGCAGCUGUUAGAGCUUCGGCGUUCUGACUCUCUUCAGCGAGCCAGAGAACAGCAUGAGACCAUAGUUGCAGCCCUGAAGCAGAAGUAUGAAGAGCAAGUAUUGUCAUUAGAACAGAAACUUGAAGCUACAAACUCUGCACUGCAGGAGCAGAAAGAUCUUUGCUGUAAUCUAAGGGAACAUGUGAAGCAACUCGAAAGAAUGCUUGAAGAAAGCAAACUAGAAAAAACAGAGAUAAUCAAUCGACUGACAAGGAGCCUAGAAGAAAGCCAAAAGCAGUGUGCAAACUUACUGCAAACAGGCUCAAUACAGGAGACAAAUCAGUUACGAUUACAACUGCAGCAAGCCCAGUCUGCACAGCUGAUAAGCAACAACAUGAACAAGACUUUGCAGGAAGAGCUAACAGAACUAAAGGAAGAAAUUGCUUUGUACGAAUCUGCUGCCAAGCUUGGGGUGUUUCUGAAUGACGCAAGUGGAGAACUUCAUGUGGACAUGACUGAUUCUUAUGUGGAUUUGGGUAUUAAAAAAAUCAACUGGAAAAAAGCAAGAUUUCACAGUACUGUGCAGAAUAGAGAUUUGGAGAAAGAAUUUUCUAAAGAUGAGCUCAUCCUAGAGUUGAAAACUGAAAUGGAACGUUUAUUGGGCAGUAACAAAAUGAAAAGAAAUCAGAUUUCUCAGUUACAAAAUGAUCUUAAAGACUGUCAGAGGACAACAGAAGAACUCAAGCAGCUGUUGAAAACAGAUAAAACCGCAAACGAGAAUGAGCCUAAAAUAAGUAGUAUAGAAAAUCUGACUGAAACCUUGUGGUCCACUCCAUCUGCUUCUGAUAUGUAUCUUCAAAAAGAGCUUCUGAGACUUAGAAAGGUGAAUCAGGAUUUACAACAAGAAGCUGAGAACUAUAGUUUAUGUAUUCAAGAACUUAAAGCAAAUGAGGAAAAAUUGAAAAUUGCAAACCAAGAUCUGUGUAAUCAAAUGAGACAAAUGAUUCAGGACUUGGAUCGGGAUAAACAAGAAGCUGUUGACAGGUGUGAAAGAACCUAUCAGCAACACCAUGAAGAUACAAAAGCCCAGCUUCGGGAAGACUUCAUGGAGAGGCUUGCUGCAGAAAAAGAACAACUCAUUCAGGCUUAUGAAGAGACCAUCUCGCGGUUAAAGGCUGACAUGGAUGAGCUGAACAAGGAGAUGACGGCAGUGAAGGAAUGUUAUAUAGCAGUCUGUGGAGAGAAAGACACACUGGAAACCACGUUGAGGAAGAAACUUGAACAAGAGCAGCAGUCAAAGGAAGAGAAGGUACAAGAGAAAAUAUCCUUGAUUAACACUGGAGAAUGCUUUGUAUCUAAACUAAAGUUCAAGAAACAGUUAUUAGAAGAAAAAGAAGAAUCUCUUAACCAUCUGAGGACUGAACUAGAAGAAAAGCACAGGAAUUCUAUUAUAACAGCAAAAAGCCAAUGGGUGAAAGAAAAAGAAGUCAAUAUUAAGCAGCAAGUGGAAAAUGAAGUGGCAUUAGCCAAAGUCCAGUGGGAGAAGGAACAGAAAGAGAUCAAAGAACAAGCUAUCCAGAAAAUAGAAAGAGAGUGGCAAGGCAGACUGGAUCAAACUCUAGAAGAAACUAAGAAAACUUUAGUUGAACUCCAACAUUGUGGCAGCCAAACUGACCAAGUAACCGAAACCGAUGAAUCAUCAAGUAAGGAGAUUGCAAUGAUUGAGGAGCAAAAAUUGCAGCUGGAGGAGGCACUGAAAGUAAAGGAGAAGGCUGUUAGCGAGGCCUUGAAAGAACCUGAAACAGAACUGGAGAGGAAACAUCAUGAAAAUAUUGCCAAUCAGGUAGAAACAGCUUUGACCAAAGCUCAUGCCAGGUGGCUGAAAGAAUUAACAGAACUUGAAGAGUACAAAGCAAAUCUAAAGGCAGAACGAGAAAAAUGGGAGAAAGAAUAUGAAAUCAGUGCAGCAAAACAGCUGUCGCUAGUUCUUUCAGCAGCUGAAGAGAAAUGGAAGAAACAACUUGAGAACACAGAGAAGUCUGGAGCCAGAACCAAAGAGCUUGAAGAGAAGAUCCUUUCCCUUAGAAGGGAACUGGAACUAAAGAAAGAAGAAAUCCCUGCAACUGUUAAAGCAGAGCUAGCGCAGGCUCGUACUCAGUGGAACAAAGAAAAGCAAGAAGAAAUCCUCCGGCUACAGGAACAAAAUGAGCGAGACUACCGUUCAUUCUUAGAUGACCACAGAAAUAAAAUAAAUGAGGUGCUUGUAACAGCCAAGGAAGAUCUUGUGAAGCAAAAAAAUGAAUUGCUGAUUCAGAAAGAGGCAGAACUUAAGAUGUGUCUGGACCAAAAGCAACGAGAAUGGGCAGCUCAGGAAACAAAGAGGCUCCAAGAGGAAAUUCACCAAUAUGAGGAGAAGAUUCUAAUUGAACUUGAGUUCCUGUUAGGAGAAAUCCAUGAAGAACUAGUCAAGAACAGAAAUAAUGAGCAUACUUGGCAGAAUACAUGUUCCAGUAGUGCCCUUCAGUUAAAUCACCAAUACAAGGAAAAGCUAAAGGCUUCCCUACAGAAGGCUUAUAGAGGCACAGUGCACACAAUUCUAGAAAAAGCCAGGCAAGAAUGGAGAGAGAAACAUGAAGAACUAGCCUUCAGUUUAAAAGAAACAGAGCACUCUUGCAAGCAAAACGGUGAAGGAGAAACUGGGGACCAGGCAAGACCACCUAUGUAUGAUGUUGGACUCCAAGUAGAAAUACAAAGAAUAUUAAGAAGGCAGCCACCUUUGCAAGACACUGAAAUGGAUAAUGAUCAGAAAUGUAAGAAAAGGAACCUUUGGUCUCACGAAGAUUUUUGCUGUGACCACUGUUGCCAACAGCUUGAAACAAAGGAGAGAGAAUGCCAGGAUCUAAAAAGAAAGCUGGAGAAAGCCUGCAGGCACCUCCAGCUUGCAGUAAGGGAACACAAAGCUAAAGUAGAGCAAAUCCAAGAAAACGAGAGAGUUCUAGAGGCUCUAAUGGAAGAAAACUGUGAGAUGAAGAUGAAACUCAAUGAUCUGAAAACAUGCAAUGCACCACCCAGGUCAUUGUCAGAGGGGGCUAUUUCAAAAUCUUGUACCUCCUGUGAUGGUGUAAAAGGCUUGGAAGAAAUGCGCUCACAGUAUAUUAAAGCUGUGGGCAAAAUUAAGGGUGAUAUGCUUCGUUACAUCCAUGAAAGCAAAGAGAGGGCAGCUGAAAUGAUUAAAGCAGAGGUUUUAAGGGAACGUCAAGAGACUGCCCGGAAAAUGCGCAAAUACUACUUGAUUUGUCUUCAGCAACUUCUCAAUGAUGAUGGGAAACACGAAGGGGCUGAAAAGAAAAUAAUGAAUGCUGCUAGCAAGCUUGCUACAAUGGCAAAAGUGCUUGAAACGCCUGUUCAGAGCACACCGCAGAACAAAAAUGCCCACUCAACCCUGCCACAAAAUUCUGAACUGCCAACUGGAGUUGAGCAAUCAAAAAGAAAUCACAUUCAUCAAACUAGGCUAGCCCAUAUGGAAAGCAAAUCAUGUGGCGAAAGUAUUGCCAAAAAAGCCAGUGAUCAAGUUGUUCAGAAACGUGUACCUUGUAACUUAAGACAGCAGCUUGAUGCAGUAGAGGCUGAAACCCAGUUUGGGCUUUAUGAAAGAGUAAAUAUCCAAAGUAGCGGGAGCACUUCUAAACAGCCAGCUGAUAAUUCAAGAGACACUGUGUUAGAAUUUUGUCCGGCUGAAGAUGGAGGAAGGCUUAGAAAUGGCUGUGUCUCAAAUACCGACAAAGGUCCGACAAAUACUGCUAGCACUACAGCACUUCAAAAGGCAUCCUCGUGUGUUCCUCAGGUGAAGUUUGGAAACACGCGUACAUCCAGCUCUAUAAAUAGCUUUUCCGACUCUGGGCCAGCUCAUGUAAUGUUUGAAAACCAGAUUCAAAGACCAGAUUUAAACAAAUUUAAAUGUAACCAGCCAAAUACAUAUGGGGAGCCAACAUCUGAGAGAACUCAGGGGUUUGACAUUCAAGAAACUCCAGUAAGGGAUGACGGAAGCUCUGCUGACUGGAGUUCAGUUAGUGGGAGUCUACAUUUGGAUAGUGGUGAUAUGCCCUUCUUGUAUCCUGUGCAAAAAGCAAGUUCUAAUGCAGAAGCACAACAUACGGCCUGUGAACAGUUUCCUAUGACCAACUUGUUUCUUAAUGCAGAUGAAAAUGUUGGUACAUUUUGUAGGCAACUUACCAGCAAAGCCAAGAUUCUUGGUGCAAAAAGUGAAGCCAUACUUUACAGUAAUGAGCAACUGAACAUAAACCCAGGACACAAUUCAUACAGGAACGCUGAGAAAUCAAAUUUGGAUGUCUCACAACAACGCAAUGCAACCCCAUAUUCGAAUAUAGGAAAAGGCUAUAACCAAUAUUCAAGGAAACUGAGACUGGAUGCUAAAUCUUUUCAGCAAGAUAGUGGCUUUGAUAGCCCACUUCCUAACUUGGAUUAACAUCAAUAAUUCUUCAAACAUUAGUUUAGAAGAAACUAAUAUAUUUCAAUGCAAACUUGGGGCAUGCAGAAAACCUAUUAUUCUAGAAACUUGUGGGUUUUAUCCAUUUUGUGAUCUCUCAGUGUUAUGUGACUUGAGACUGUUACAUGAAAAAACAAUCAUAAAAUUACUUGAAAUAUCGAUGUAGGCUUUUGUUUACCGUGGUUAUCUGGCUUCACAGUUAUGUACAGUGUUUUAUAUAAGUGUGUGUAUUUUUUGUUUAAACAAUCUAUUUUUGUACUUUGAUUAGUUUGCAGUGCAAUGUUACAUUUUUAUUUAUAUAUAAAUAAAACUACUUUUAAUUGUA